CCCCCGAGGCCCGAGCUGAUGAAAAGAGAAAGCUGAUUCCCUCCGUGAACUACCUCCUCCAUUCCCCUUGCCAGCCGCUAGGGUUUGCACCGCGAGGCGCAUCUCGCCGCUCCCACCUCCCACCUCGUUCCCCCGCCGCUCCCACCUCCCACCUCCUGUCCUUCGCAUCGCCUUUGUUCGCGAGGGAUCCGGCGGGGAGCAGAUCGACGGCGGAUCGGCUUGGCUGGAGAGUGGAGACUGAUCGAGUCGUCCAGACCUCCGGCCCCGGCCUGGUCCGCACUGUCGCCUGCCGCUUUCUAGGUCUCCGCUAUCUCAGGCACCUCAACAAUGGACUUGCAGCGUUCUGCUCUGUUCCUUGCCCUGUCCUUCCUCCUUCUUCACGGUGCGCAACAAGGAGCUGCCGCCACUAGCUCCGGCGAUGCUAACGAGCAGUGGGGCUACGUGCCGGUACGACAGCAGAAGGCCCACGUGUUUUGGUGGUUUUACAAGAGCCCGCAAAGGGUCUCGUCGCUGGUGAAGCCAUGGCCGACCAUCCUGUGGCUGCAGGGUGGCCCGGGAGGGUCAGCUGUCGGGCGUGGCAACUUCCUAGAGAUCGGGCCGCUAGACGCCAACCUGAAGCAACGCAACUCAACAUGGCUGCAGAAGGCCGAUCUCAUCUUUGUGGAUUUACCGGUGGGCGUUGGGUACAGCUACACGGAAGACCCAAGUGUAAUCGCAACGACGGACUCGCAGGUGGCAGCAGAUGCCAUUGAGCUCGUAAGUGCGCUCACCAAGAAGAUACCUACCCUGCAGAGCAGCCCGCUGUUCCUGGUCGGCGAGUCCUAUGGUGGCAAGCUUGCUGCCAUCAUCGGUAUCUCCAUGUCAAGGGCCAUCCACAGUGGCAUUCUUCAGCUCACACUUGGCGGUGUUGUCCUCGGUGACAGCUGGAUCUCGCCAGAUGAUUUUGCGCUCUCGUAUGCGCAGUUGCUGCACAGCAUGUCAAGGUUAACUGACAAUGCAGUAGCACCUGCCACUGAAAUGGCAGCAAAGCUAAAGGAGGAGAUGGCAUUAGGACAGUUUGCCACAGCUCGAAAGAUUUGGAUCGACUUACUUGAUUUAAUUGACUCGGAAACUGACAGCGUGAAUAUGGAAAAUUUGUUGCUUGAAUCCAACAUGAACUCGUUAUUGGCUCAGUCAGCUCCCAACACCAUCGACGAUAUCAUGAAUGGGGCCAUUAAAAGAAAGCUCAAGAUCAUUCCCAAGGAUCUCAUUUGGCAGCAGGUCUCAAUUCCGGUCUACAAAGCGAUGGCUAAUACCUUUAUGAAACCAGCAAUCAAUGAGGUUGAUGAGCUGCUAUCACAAGGUGUGGAUGUGACUAUAUACAACGGACAGUUGGAUGUGAUCUGCUCGACGAUUGGCGUAGAAGGAUGGGUGAAAAAGCUAAAAUGGGAUGGCCUGAAGAGCUUCCUGAACCUGUCAAGGCAGCCUUGGAACUGCGACUCUUCAGGGCACUGUUCUGGCCCCAUCAAGGCGUAUGUUAGAUCGUUCAAGAAUUUGCACUUCUACUGGAUCCUUGGAGCUGGACACGCCGUGCCUAUUGACCAACCUGACACUGCACUAAAGAUGAUUGGUAACAUAACUCAUUCAUCACGCAAGUAGAAAAGACUCGUACGGAAGUUGGAGUAAAGCGUGCUGUGAGAGACCUUGUGAACUCCUAGGCCUUGGAACUUUGACUGCUGCUCGAACUAGUAUCAAGUAGGCAGUAGUACAUUGCUGAAGACGUAACUAUUGAUAUGUUGCCCACGUAUUCAGGUGGUGCAUUGGACCUGUAUGGUGCGCAUUAAUGUCUGUAGUCAGUAAGUGCAGGUAUUGGUGAAUGACACUCCCCAGAUUGCAAGUAUCUUUUGGUUUAGAAUGUGUAUCUCAACAUUGUCAAAUUUGCCACAUCACAGCUGGUUACCCAAUGCGUUCUGGUUAUGUAGCCAUGGAUCGAUACUAGUUUGAAGACAGAAUUGCGACCGCCAUCUUGCUCA